AUGAGGAGUAAUAGGAAACAAGAAAAGCGCAAGGCGCGUCGGCGUGGGAGCAGCUCCGCAAGAAUCGCCCAACGCGCUGCAACGCCCGCCUGUCAACUUCCGGAAGUAGGGUUAUCAGGAAGUCAAGAAGUCAGAGACAGAUGCAAAAUAGCAAGGCUGACAAACUGGGGCGGGCGGAUGAAUGAGAGGCUCCCCGAUAUUAUUCCGAUGAAGGGACUGAUCUCCAGACGUUUGGAUGCUUCUCAGUAA